UUGUGAAGGUCGUUGUUCGCGAGGGUCCUCUGCUCAGUUUUAGACUUAACGGCGCAUCUCCUCACGCCAGAAAUCCAGCCAUUCCUCGUGGUUACUGACCCGUCUCUCUCUCUAGGGCUCGCCGCUGGGUUUCCGACGCGCUUUCGAUCAUCGUGUUUGGUGGGUUCUAGCCCCAGAAAGGUCGAUCCGGGUGCGCAGUUGCUCCCCACUCCUUCCCUUGUGAGGGAGUCUCGAUCUUCGUUGUUGGGUGCUUGCAUUCCGCUGCGUUGUGAAUCUCUGGAGUGGGGUUUGAGUUUUUGCGGCUUGUUUUGGCUUGGUUUUGAAGCUUGUGAAGCACAGCCAUGACGAAUGGGCAGAAAGAGCCACUGCUGGCGCGCAUCGGCGGGCCAACGCUGUUUCAGGAUGUCGGGAAGCAGGCGAAGGAUUUGGUGACCAAGGGAUUCGUGGGUGGGCAUACUCUCAUGGUGUCGUGCAUUGGUCCGCGCGGAGCGACUUUCACCACCACUGCCACGAUUGUGCAGGACAUUACGGUGGGGAUUGUCCAGGCUAACUUCCUGGAAGGCAACACUACGCAUAACCUCUCCUUCGCUACCACGGGCAACCAGAUUCAAGCCCAAUCAACCAUAUCAAACUUUGGAGUGUCAGGAUUGACCGCAGGUGUUCAGACAAGUUUUCCUAACGGCGAGAAUGGCAAAGCCCAUAUCACCUACUCGCAUGAUUUUGCGGCUCUCCACGCCAAAAUUCAUGGAUUCAAAGCUGCACCUGAUCUUGAAUUGUCCGCAAAUUUGGGAAACAAAAAGCUCUUUGCGGGAGGUUCGUUGUUGUACAACACAGAUUCAAGAAACAUUAACAUGACUAGAGCUGGUAUUGGGUAUGCGACUGAAGAGUUCACGGGAUCUUUGAUUGUCGACCCCCUCAUUGAAAAAAGUUUUGACCUCUACUUGACGCGUCAACUGUCACCAAGAUGUCAAGUUGGUACCCACAUCAGCCGCUUAUACGAGAAGGGGCUCACCGCUGCAAGGGUCGCUGGAUCAUACGUCUACAACGGACAAACCACAUUGAAGGGACGGUUUGAUGAUAAGGGUUUGGUUGCUGGCCUUCUGCAAUUCUCUCCCAACCCUCUGGUAACAUUCAGUCUGCUUGCUGAGGUGAACUCUAGAGACUUGAAAGCUCAGCCAAACGUUGGGUUGAGCCUGUCUUUCCUCGCCACCUGAACUGCAGCAGUUGUCUGGAAAUAAGGUUCAGACAUGGCAAUGGGUUUAAGUACAGGGUGCAGAUGACGAGCAGUUGCUUCUGGUUUUUUAAUAAAUCUGGAAGUGUACUGCAGGUAGAAUUUUCACUGCUUUAGUAUUUGGCAUAGAAAUGCGUUCGAAAAUAGAAUUCGACAAACAAAUGGCUUGAUGUGCGGGCCCCACUUUUAUGACAAAAUCUCAUCACAUUCAAUGGUGAGGUUCUCAGUAAUCCUUUGUAAAGGCAAUUCUUCUUUCAAACCGAAGUCUCUGUUGCCUGCUCU